AUGUCUCUUCUCACACUUCCCACGGAAAUGAUGCUUGAAGUAGCCGCUUAUCUGGACUGGACGAAGGAAGAUGUCUGCCCAACCAAACCAGAUCUUGUCAGCCUCGCUACGACAUGCUCACAACUACGGGAGGCAAUCAUUCCCCUGCUCUUCAAAGACGUGACAUUGCGGCUGAGAUGGGCAGGUCCGUUUUUGAUCAUGCCGUCUCUGUAUAAGCUUCGCUUACAUUGUCCACACCUUGCGGAGCACAUUCGCACGGUCUGCAUAAGAAGGAGCCCCGACGAUGAUGCCAUGUCUGCUGAUGAGUCAAAGGACUCAAGUUUCUUUCGCGCCCCUAGACAACGGCCAAACUGGCUCGAUCUAGCUUCGGUAUCAUCUCCUGGCGAUGAAUCCAUGUACGACGAGUUCCGCAAGCGGGCGACCAGAGCCGCAUGGAAGCUCGCUCACCCUGAAUCGACCAAGCAGCAAGACUUUGGAUCAUCUGCAGAGGAAAUAAUCAGCCAGGCUAUUUCUUGUAACUCACUUGAUAGGGCAGGUCUCGAUGCCCUUACAAUCGCAAUGCUUUGUGUGCCUAAAAGGGCCAAGAACAUUAUAUGCGUGUCUUUACGCCAGCACUCGAAAAUCCCGGGAAACAACUUCGCUGCGCGCGUCGCCACGGCGGCAUUUGAGCUGCUAAAGGGAAAUGUCGAGGACAUCACCUGGGUCUCCAACGUUCCGCUCAGUGACCAACGAAGCAUUGCCCGGGCUGGGUCUGCCCUGCCACCAGUCGAAGGUAGAGUCCUUGACUCCGAAUUGAUUGGUACCCUGGCUCCACGGCGGCUGGUACUUGCAAUGAGUGAAGGGGCCUCAAAACUCUAUGGUGCGCCGUUGCUGUCAACUCUGCGACUGGACGUCUGGCACACUGUUGCGAGCACAUUACGGGUACUCGAACUGAAACACAUCCACGCAAAURCAACAGAGUUGCUCCAGCUUAUCGCAGGAUUCGACUCGCUUGAAAGCCUGAGCCUGUCCAAUGUCACCUUGCGAUCCACUCGAGUUGCCUACAGAGGUGAUGCGGUGGACGAAAUGGCGUGGCUUUUAUUGUGCCUCGAUGUACGCCAUGUGAUGCAGCAUCCCAAGGUUGAGUUGGAAUGUCUCGCCGGACCAAACGCAAAUCAAGACAAGUUGUCGGCCUGUGUGGUGGCAUGGAUUCGUGACAUGGCGAUACCUUCCGGGGCUAUCAUCGGCUUCGAGAGACGAGAACGUCUGGUGGAAGAUUUCCGAAGCUUCCUUCCGCUUUGGGCGGCAGAACAGGACGAAGAUCGAGKGAUAAAAGCAUUGGAAGAAUGGAACACCUCGUUGGGACGAAGUCUCUGCGAUGCAGCAAUGAGUAGACGAUGGAGAUGA